AUGCAUGGAGUCAAGAAAUCGCCGGCUAGCGAGGCACAGCUGGCAGCGCUGAAAAAGGAGAGGGCCGAGAAAUUACAAAAAUUCGUAUAUGGGAAGACUCUUGUCUUCAAGAAAAGAGAAAAUUGUAAGUUUUUAUUGUUAUUUUAUUUUCAUUAUAGGUGAAUACGACGAAGAGUUGCUGGAGAUAACCGGGGAGAUUGUGAAGAAACAACCCAAUCUUUAUACCGUGUGGAACAUUCGACGAGAAAUGAUCGAACUCAUAACUAAGGUUUAUUUAUUUUUUAUUGUAUUGUAUUUCUCAAUUUUAGAGGAAAGAAGUGGAAACAGUUGAAGAAUAUCGGGAGCGACUUAAAGGGAUAUACGAGAAUGAGUUGAAGGUCUCUCUAGAAGCUUUGCUCAGUGAUCCAAAGAGCUAUUCAGCGUGGUAUCACCGAGAUUACGUGCUGACUGUGCAUCCCAAACCUGAUUUUAAAGCUGAAUUGGAACUGUGUGAAAAGGCCUUGUCUGUGGAUUGUAGAAACUUUCAUUGUUGGGAUCAUCGAAGAUAUACAGCUAAAUUGGCCAAGCUGGACGAAAAGGAGGAACUCGAGUUCUCUGAUCGGUUAGUCACCAAGAACCCCUCCAAUUACUCGGCUUGGCAUUAUCGAGGCACUUUAUUACCAAAGAUCGCCCCGAAUCCGAAUGGCAAUCCUGUUUGUAUUGACAAUAAUAGACUGGAAGAGGAGUUCAAUGUAAGCCAAAGGUUUCAGCGGAUAUUGGUUUAAUGUUUAGAGAAUCAAAGGCCCUACUUGUUACAAUACGGAAGAUCAGACCGGCUGGACUUAUUGCAGAUGGCUUUCCGAAGUCUCUUGUGUUGGUCCCGUUGAGUCUCCAAUUUUGAUUUCUAUUGCCUUCCCAACGCCAUCUGAAGCUUUACUUGUCUUUAACAAAGCUGUUGAAAAAGAGUUGGUGCAAAAGACGAUUAACGGGAAUUUAUACACUCCUAUAUCCGUAAUCAAUCUUCCAAAAACGCAAAAUUAUCAGAGAACAAGGAUAUGGAAGGUUGAAUCUGAAGAUGACUUCGCUUUUCCACUUCAAGUUAUUGUUGAGACUGAACGUAAUUUGGUUCAAAAAGUGACAAAAGAAGGCUACUCGAACAAAAACUUCCUGGUUGAUGUAUGUUUCCGAACUUGAUGACUAAAUCGUUAUAUUUAGUUCUAUUCUAUGAAGAAACUGGAUUUAAAUCCGACUUCAGUGGCAAUUCUAAAUGAACUUAUAAAUAUUUGUAAAGAACUGAUGAAAGACGAUGAUAAAAAUCCAGUAAGUAGUAAUGUUAGCACUGGGCUUUUCUUUCAUUUUUACAUAAAUUCUAUUUAAGUGGGAGCCCUUGACCUUGGCGCGAACUUUACUUCUUCUCAGUGGCCCAACUCAAGAAAAUGUGGUUGAGGUGGAGAGUAUGCUCAAAAGAACUGCGGAGCUUGAUCCUCAACGUCGAAAUGUGUACAAACACCUGAUCGAUAAUGUCCGAUUAGGAGCCAAAAUCUGUAAUCCCUCAGAAACAUUGGACAAAUUGGCGGGAAGAGAAGAAGACCAUCUUGAUCUAAACGAUCUAGAAAUUAACAGGUUUGUUUUUUUUUGUUUUGGUUUAUUUUUAGUGUUGAACUUCUACAAUUGUUAUCUGCGAACAUCCGCUCUCUCAAUUUACAACGGAACCGGAUCGAGAACACCAAGCAAUUUAACAGUUUCCAGCUUCUGACAGACCUGACUUUGGAUGAUAAUCCCGUGAAAAGGUAGCUCUAGUAUACAUAAUGCUAUAUAAGGCGCGUGCGUUCUACGUCUUUUCGAACCCGCUCGCAGGAAUCCUGAUUUCUUGUCCUCUAGACAAGGGCGCUACGAUGUCGGGCCAGUUACAGUUUGGGUCAACGAAACUAUGGAUCGUAUCGGUUGUAUGAAUGAAGGAGGCUAGGAGAAGGUUUAGUUAGUCGAAAUAAUAAGAUUGAUCGCGUCCUUGGCAGCUUAUCACCUAUUUUAUGGCAUUUUACAUGUACUCACAUCAAGCUGAAAAGAUGUAUAACGCACGCGCCUUAUAUGUUGUCAUGUUUUCAGUAUUAAUAGCACGUUACAUCUGCCCCAUCUCGAGUUCCUUUCUCUUGCCAGAUGUCCAAUAGAGUCAGCAGAUUCCUUGAAAUCAUUGCCUACGGUAACCCCCAACCUGAAACGUCUCUUAAUCUGUGAAACGCCCCUGGCCAAGAACGAAGAACAGUUGAAUACCCUUCGACAGCACUUCGAACAACACAAUUUCCAUAUCAAAAUCUUUGUGCAUUAUUUGUAAUCGGUGAUAAACCUGUGAUGAGUUGUUGAUUUACGUUGCGUUCUGAUGAUGACUAACUUGGGGUAUAAGUCCAAAGUUUCGACAUUUUCUGUACUUUGGACCAAAACAAGCGAAAGUUUCGCUCUCAGUGUUUCAGGUGUCCGACACGUACUUGCAUGCAGCAUAGUAUCCAUAUUUACUCCGCGGAGCUCCGGUCAUUUGGGAAUCAACCUUGAAUGUGGGUCAAGUGUCGCCCCGCUGGAGGCAAUGUCUUCCAAUUAAUUUCAUUCAGCGUUUUGUGCACCUGCGCGACGGUUGGUCUGCUGCAGCGCUGAAGCUGUGCAUCGAUCCCCAGCGAAUUAGCUCUUUUUUGGAAUUCUUGAUUUUCUCGGGAAACGGCCUCAUGGCAUCGUUUAAUAUCACGCGUUGCGUGUCGAUUUUUUUUGAAAUCUAAGGUUACAAUUUCCGGGGAGGAGUCGGUUUUAUUCUGUUUCUGCUUAUCUGAUUUAUUUUAUAAAUAUGUGCCUGUUCUUCUAUUUUUUUAGUUGUCGCGAUGUCAGAAGAGGGAAAACAUCAAGAACAGAGGGGCCCUUCUAGGAGUUACAGCAAAAACAAGCUUGAUGCCAAACUCUCUGUAGAAAGAAAUGCCGUUAUUGCUCUACUGAAACAGGUAAGGUGUUUUUGAAUUGCUAUCUUUAUCUUUAGAAGGUGAUUAGGAGGAUAUUUGGGAGCAUUGUUGAUGGAACCCAUGGUUUUUUUUAGAUGGCUAUCGACAACCAAGCAUGGUUUGGAGCCCAUGGAACCAAUUAUUAUCACAAAAGGAUUGUCGAAUGCUGUGAGGAGUUGGUCCCCAACAUAGACAUGAUCAACGACUCCGUUAAGAUUCUUCAGGAUGCCUCUUUGAAGUGUGAUUAUGACGAAAAGACGCCUGGAAAUGGUUUUAGGUAUGAGUCUUAUUCUUGUGUUUCUGAUUUUUUAGAUCCCUUGUAUGUAUUUGCGAUACUGUCACACUCCAACUUGUGGCCAUAAUGAAGAAUUGUGUGGAUAAUCGGAAUAGUUUGAUGUUCAGGUCGAAAUGGAUCUGCAAAGAAAUGGAGAGCUUUUCUGCCAUCUUCAGAUUCUUAAUUCUCGCAUUCCAACAUGUAAGGUAAUCGAACUUAUUUUUUAGGUACUAAAUUUGUUUUUGUAGGUUGUGUUCUUGCUCGAGGACCUUCCAUCAGGUUCUCUGUUCCCCCCUUUGGAUUCAGAUUAUUCUAAAUACAGCGGAGUUUUGAAGGGGAUCGAAAGUCUUGAUGCCUCUUGUUUCUACGGAAGAUCCUUUGGUUUUCAGGUAUGUUUUAGACUUUGCGUGUUUAACGUUGCAAGGCUCCUUCACGUUUUUUAUAUUUUUAGUUCAGUCCCUCCGUCACUCGAAUCUUCCGUUUAAUUGGCAUUGUUCUGGCCACGUACAGUUUGUCCUGGGAGAAUGGAAGUGCCGCCUUUAAUUCGUUGAUGGCUUCUUCACGCUACUUAUUGAAUCCGGAGCAACGCGCCGCCAGAAUAAUCAAGGUAACCAGGGAAGCAGACAUUGAGUUCUGUAGAGGAUUCUGGAAUCUGUCCGAGAUCCCGGUACCGAAGUUCUUCUGUCCAUCAAUGGCCGUGUAUGA